GUAGAGAAAACUUUUAGUGUAUCUCUCCGCUUACGAGGCGAUGUGUGUGCGUGAAAAAGUUCUACAAGUGAGAGGGGGCAAGAGAAGGGGAAGUCCCUUGUUUAUGGCAUGGAGUUGGACUCCAAUACUUGACGUCUCGCCUUACCGUUUUACUCUAGAUGAUACUGAAACUAAAGAUGAGCUCUAGUGAAAAAAAGGGUAGAAUUUUUAAGAUAAUAGUUUUAGGUGAUUCUAAUGUCGGAAAGACAUGUCUUCUCAACAGAUUUUGUAGUGGGAAAUUUCCUUUGAAUACUGAAGCAACAAUUGGAGUUGACUUCCUUGAAAAACAAGUUGUUGUGGACAAUGAACUUAUGAGGCUACUAUUCUGGGAUACUGCUGGCCAGGAAAGUUCCCGCGCAAGUAUGGUUCCUCUUUACUACCGCAAUGUCCAUGCUGUUGUUUUUGUGUAUGAUGUUACAAAGAUAGUAUCUUUUCAAAAUCUUCCACACUGGAUUGCUGAAUUUAAGGAGUAUCAAGGACAGUCUGAAGACAUUCCAAAAAUAUUGAUCGGAAACAAAUGUGACGUUAUUGAUGCUAUUGCUGUAAAUACCAAUAUGGCUCGGAAGUUCGCUGGUGACCAUGAUAUGCCUUUAUUUCAAACAUCUGCUUUUGAUGAUCGACAAGCAGAGCAUGUGGACACAAUUGUUAUGACCCUAGCUCAUAAACUGAAAAAUCACAGGCUAAAUAAAGCAUCAUCGUUGUCAAGAAGUUCUGUUAAUAUUGUUCUUAGCGUAAACGAUAAAAAAGCAGACAGUAGUUGUUGUUGCUAAUAAUCUAUAAAACUGUAUCAAUUUAAUUUAAGAGUGCUAUUGUUCUCGUUUGCCAUGCAUUUUUUGAGUUACAUAAAAAAAAGAGGGUUACUGUUUUUUUAGUAUUUUUUUUUUUUAUGGAUCUGAUAGAUUUCAAAAAUUUUUUUAAAAAAAAGGCACUAAAUUCUUAUUUUUUAGAAACCAUUUAUGUUCAAAAAGAUUCAUGAAUAUCAAUCAAAUUUGAUAAUAAAUUGUGCCACUAUUAAUAAACUCAAAAUAAUUAGUUUUUUCAUUAAGUAAAUUAUGGUAAUAAAUACAGACAAAACGAAAAAACUAGUUUUGUUUUCUGUGCAUUUUAAUAAAUUAUAUAUACAUGUAAUAAACUGCCCAAAUCUUUUUUCCUCCAUAGCUUAAUCUAUAUACUAGUAUAAAGUAAUGAUUUUUUUUAAUAAGUAACUUUCUUUUUCUGUUCAACAAAGAAAAAAAGGAUUAAAAAUUUUAUAUUUGAAAUUUUCUUUAUGUAUACAAAAAACAAUUUAAAAAAAUAUUGCUUAGUGGAAAAACUCAAUGAUAAUCAUUCACAAGGAUGUAGUCAUGAACAAAGCUGCGGUUGGUGCUAACAAAAAUAUUUUUGUAUACUACAAACAUUUACAGAUUAUUGUUAUUUAUGUUAUACUUACUAUAUGUAUCAUUUUGUUAACUUAAUUUUUUUUUUUAAAUUGUUCAAUUUUCCAGCAAGUUUAUAAAUUAAUAAAAUAACUUUUAUGUUUUGCAUA